AAGGAACAAAUAUCAGAGUAGAAGAAUAUAGAACUCUCUCUCUCUCCCAAUUCGUCUUCUCAAACUCCAAUUCAUUGACUUUCUCAUUUCCACCUCUCAAUCGAUUGUUGAAAAUUCACACACUCAUCUGUGUAUAUAUAUAAUUCUGUACAGUUUCUGUAUUUACCCCAAAAAAAGUUCCACAUACCACACUCCUUUCUUUUCCCUUGAAUUGCACAAUUUAGCUGGGAUCAGAAAGUUUUGGCCGUGAAUUUGUGUAAUUGCUUCGAUUAAUCGUCUCCGGGGGUGCUGAAUUGGUCAAUUUUCGGUGAAAAAUCCAGAAAUCGAAUUUAUGGCGGUUUCGACCAUAGCGCUAUACUCGAGCCCGCCGAGCAGCGUAUGCUCCGCCUCGCACCAGAUCAGCUCCCACGCGUCGUACGAUUUGGAUGUGAACGCCCGGUCAGCGUCAUCGGCGUCGGCAUCGCCGUCGCAGAAGCCGUUAAUUGGUGGCCUAUCGUGCCUGUUUGCGUCGCCGGCGAUCAAAUCCGCGAGUUAUUCAUCCGGAGCGGAGGAUUUGGGUGCUCUGUGGCAUGACAAGGCCGAGGAAUUGGGGUCCUCGUAUCGGUACUCGUCGCUGAGCUCGUCUAUGAAGCGAGAUCAGGCGCACCAGAGUCCGGUUUCGGUGCUUCAAGGCCUGAAUAAUUCAAUUGGAUCGGGCUCCCGGAGCCCGCCCUUGAGAAUUAGCGCUGAUUUCAGCUCAAUUAGGUCGGGGAGUGGGGGGAUGUUCAAAGGUUUCGUGAGGCACGCGUUGGGCUCGUGCGUUGAUUACGAUUCUUCGCCUUUUGAUUUGGAUGUGAAGGACUUCGAUCUGUCUUCGUCGUCGAAUGCUUUGCCGGGCGAUGAGCUUCAUUUUAACAUGGAUGAGAAUUUCACGGCAAUGGAUUUGCCGGCGUAUGCUAAGGGCUUGCUUUCGGAUGCGCAGUCGAAGAAUUCGAUUUUUAGGGAUGAUUUUGUUGUUAAGGCCUUUUAUGAAGCAGAGAAGGCUCAUAGAGGCCAGAAACGGUCAAGUGGACAUCCUUAUUUGCAGCAUUGCGCGGAAACGGCAGUUCUGCUGGCGGAUAUAGGCGCAAGUUCUACAGUUGUUGCUGCGGGGCUUUUGCACGAUGCUGUUGAUGAUUCAUUUCUCACUUUCGAUCAUAUAUCGAGUUCUUUUGGGGCUGGAGUUGGUGAUUUAGUAGAGGGGGUAUCUAAGUUGAGCCAGCUGAGCAAGCUUGCACGGGAGAACAACACUGCCUGCAAAACUGUCGAGGCAGAUCGAUUGCACACCAUGUUCCUCGCGAUGGCAGAUGCGAGAGCUGUUCUGAUAAAGCUUGCUGAUCGCUUGCACAAUAUGUUGACCUUGGAUGCAUUGCCCCUGAUCAAACAGCAAAGAUUUGCUAAGGAAACUUUGGAAAUAUUUGUUCCUCUUGCCAAUAGAUUAGGCAUCUCAACUUGGAAGGAGCAGCUAGAAAAUCUCUGUUUCACAUAUCUUUAUCCGGACCAUCAUCAAGAGCUGUCCUCCAAGAUUCUUAAGUCCUUCGAUGAGGCUGCCAUUACUUCUUCUCUGGAGAAGUUGGAGGAAGCGCUGAAGGAUGCAGGGAUUCCAUACCACUGUGCUUCAGGCCGGCAUAAGAGCUUGUACAGCAUCUACUCCAAAAUGUCGAAGAAGAAGCUGAAUAUGGAUGAAAUUCAUGAUAUUCAUGGAUUGCGAUUAAUUGUUGAAUCUGAAGAAGACUGCUAUAAAGCUCUAAGUGUUGUCAAGCAGUUGUGGCGCGAAGUCCCUGACAGGUUCAAGGACUACAUUGCUCGUCCCAAGUGUAAUGGCUACCAAUCUCUACAUACAGUGGUCACGGGCACAGAUAUGGUGCCUCUUGAAGUUCAGAUUCGAACAAAAGAGAUGCAUUUGCAAGCUGAGUAUGGAUUAGCUGCUCAUUGGAGGUACAAAGAAGGAGAUGCCCAAUAUUCUUCCUUUAUACUUCAGAUGGUUGAAUGGGCACGCUGGGUGAUGACGUGGCAGUGCGAGGCAAUAAGCAAAGACCAAACGUCCGUUGGUUUUGCCGAUUCUGUGAAGCCACCUUGCACCUUCCCUACCCAUUCUAAAGAUUGCACCUUUUCAUGGAAACCCCAUUGUGACGCUGAUGGUCCCAUCUUCGUAAUCAUGAUUGAGAACGAUAAGAUGUCUGUUCAAGAGUUUCCAGCCAACUCAUCAGUAAUGGAUCUGCUGGAGACAGCCGGUCGAGGCAGUUCUAGGUGGAUGUCUUACAGAUUUCCCGUUAAGGAGGAACUGAGGCCGCGGCUGAACCACAAGCCCGUCAGCGAUCCUUCCUGCAAGCUGAAAAUGGGCGACGUGGUGGAACUAACUCCGGCCAUACCGGACAAGUCUCUGGUAGAGUACCGGGAAGAAAUCCAGCGGAUGUACAACAGAGGCGCGACGCCUCUGGCUGCUGGUUCUGUGGCUAGCUUCAGAAGCUGACCCCUCACCUGAACUCAUUCUUUGGUAGUCUUACAUUUGAUAACAUAAAAAAAAAUUAGGUAUUCUUGUACAUAAGCAUUUGUAAAGAACAGUUGAUGUUGUUGUGUUAUUAUGAAGGGAAUUAUUUAUCCAA